UCUUCUCCGAAUUAUUGUAUAUAUGUUUUUCCAACAAUUUUGAUACACAAAACGCAACUAUAUACGAAUUCCCAUUUCUUGCAACGCUCAGAUUCCGGAAGACUAACCAGCAAUUCUGCACUGGUGCAAUCAUACAUUCGCUUCAUAUUAUCACGGCGGCUCAUUGUGUCGUGGAUCAAAAUGUCAAGUUCCCUGACAUGAUCGUCGUCGUGGGAACUGAUGAACCGAAUGGUCAAGGUGAAGUGUAUAAGAUUAAAAUACUUUCUGUUCAUCCUGAAUUCACAGGAAAUAUAUCGGAUAAAGCUGUUUUAUUGAAAAAUAUCGCUGUACUUACGCUUGAAAAGGAAAUUACUUUCAAAGACAAACAAAAAAAAGUUGAAAUUUCAACAAACUCUGUUCAUAAAAAUGAUGCUGCAAUUAUUGCUGGUUGGGGCAUGUCUACCUAUAAGUCAAAUACGCCUCCCGACCCACUAGCAAAAGCUUCAAUGACUGUAGUCCAUGCUUCAGCAUGCUCGAAUCUUGUUAAAUAUGUUGUUCAUGACGGACAAUUAUGCGCUUUUAAAUCUAAAGGAAGUGGCCCAUCUCCCGUAAGUAUUUUCAUAAUGAUAUAGCUGACUA